AUGCGUCUCUGGGGACGAGGUCUAGCGACCACCUUGAGUGUUGCUGUCAGUGUCAGCAUCACUGUCGCGCCGGGACACGCCGCCCCGACGGCUGGAGCGCCCGUCAUGGCCUGUGAGGCCAUUCCAAAGCCGGAUGUUCCUGGGGCCACAGUGGUCUCCAUCACUGGCGUGCGGAAUACGAGCUACUCGGUGCCGGCCACUGCUAGAUCCCCGGGCAUCAGCGGCCUGGCCAUCUGUGACGUCGUUGUCACGCUAUCGCACCCAGGAGCGAACGACCUGGUGACAGUCGAGGUCUUCCUCCCCCUAGCGGGAUGGAAUGGGCGCUUUCAAGGCGUCGGCGGCGGUGGAUACGACACCGACAACGGCCAGGCUUCACUGGCGCCCGCAGCCUCGUCGGGCUACGCCGCCGGCAUCACCGAUGGAGGGCACCCCAUCACCGACGUCGAACCGGUCUGGGCAUUGAACGCCGACGGUACGACCAACUGGCCAUUGGUGGUGGACUUUGCCUCGCGGUCUCUGCACGACAUGACCGUCGUUGGCAAAGCCGUGACCACCAGCUUCUACGGCACGCCGCCGCAUCACUCUUACUGGAAUGGAUGUUCCACGGGUGGCCGUCAAGGAAUGAUAGAGGCCCAGAGAUACCCCGGCGACUACAACGGUGUUUUGGCCGCCGCCCCCGCGAUCAAUUGGCCCACGCUGCUCGUGGCCGGCGGGUGGCCUCAGGUUGUCUACCACGAUGCGGGUCUGUUCCCGUCCCUGUGCGAGCUAGACGCAUUCACCAAUGCUAGCAUUGCAGAAUGUGACGGACUUGACGGGCUAGUUGACGGCAUCAUUGGGAAUCCGGCCACUUGUCCGUUUGAACCUGCCCAGCUGGUGGGAUCCCAACUCGACUGUUCGAGCUACGGCGGCGGCGAGGAGGUGACUGUCACUUCUCAGGUCGCCGGUGUCGUCAGCAGGAUCUGGGCCGGUCCAACGACCCCAUCGGGGGCACGGCUCUGGUACGGUCUCAACAAGGGCGCCCCAUUGUCGACGUUGGCCAACACCACGACGCUCCCCAACGGGACCUCGGUCGGGGUUCCCGACUUCUUCUCCUCUACUUGGGCCGCCUAUUUCCUCAAGCGAGAUCCCACGUUCGACUACUCGACGGUCGACUACAGUCAGUUCCUGGAUUUCUACAUCCAGUCCAACGACGAGUACGAAUGGGCCAUCGGGACGAGGAACCCGGACCUCGCGCCCUUCCGUGACCUGGGCGGCAAGAUGAUUACGUGGCACGGCCUGGCGGACCCGCUGAUCAUGACCAACAACACCAUCGACUACCGGGAGCGGGUCAACGCGCUCUUUGGCAGUAGCAACGCCGCUGUCGACGAGUUCUGGCGCCUCUUUCUGGCCCCCGGCGUCAACCACUGUGGUGGCGGCCUGGGCGCUGUGCCCACGGACCCGCUGGCCGCGCUGGUCACCUGGGUCGAGCAAGGCGUGGCGCCUGAAACGCUGCCGGCUUCGUCGCCACGGGCAAACGGCACAACGGCCGAGCAUCAUCUGUGCCUGUAUCCCUUGACAUCCAAGUAUACGGGCGGCGAUCCGGCCGUUGCUACCAGCUACAGCUGCGUGCCUCUGUAA